GUUAGAGACGAAGGGUGGCACAACCACACACCCCUAUACGCUUGAAGAAGAGGCCAAGGCCGCCGCCAUCCUGAAAGAGCGAAGGGAGAAGAAGGAGGCCAAGAAGAAGGCCCUACAGGAGGAGCAGGCGGCAAGUUGAAGAAGAUAGAGGAGGAGAUGGCCAGAUAGAAGGAGAGGUUGAAGAAAGAAGAAGAAGCGAAGUUGAAGGAGGUGGAAGAAGAAGAGGAGGAAGAUGAUCAACCACUGGAAAGGAGAAGAGAACACCGAGGGCAGUACAGUGGCAGUAAGAGUGAGGAAAUGGAGAAGAGGAUCUCAUAAUGGGUCGCCAACUUAUCCUUGGGGGAAGAGGAAGAGGUAGCCAUGUACAUCCCCAAGGAUGACCAGGAAGCCGCUAUGAAGGAGUCGGAAGCAGAAGGAGAUGUUUUGAAGCGGCAGGCAAUGGAGGAUGAGAAGAGGAUGGAAUGGAAGUUAAGAAUGAUGAGGGAGAAGAAGAAGAGGGUGGAUGCAGGGAGUGAAGCGGUCAAAGAUCUGGAGGAGGUGCAAAGACUGACUCUACGAUUGACCCCCCAGGAAGAACAAUAUGAGUUUAGUCGAAGUCAGGAUAUGGCCGUGCGCUCGAUGCGAAUGGAAUUUCGGGACUUUGCUCGCGAACUGGUAGGCGUAGUAGGAGCCGAGGUGAACCAUCGCCUCGAGAAGAUUGAACACUUCUGCGUCGGUGCCAUUGAAGGUGUCAAGGCGGCAGCUCCCAAGGAGGAGGAGGCACGUCCUCACAGGGAGCCAGUCAAAGUCAUGUUCCCUGAUUCCUACAGUGGAAAAAGGGAAGAAAACUUUGAAAAUUGGGAGGCCAACGUCAAGACCUAUGUGCAUCUGCAACAGGUCUCCCCAGAUCAGCACGUGUUGAUUGCGAUUCAUGCGCUUAGAGAUGAAGCUGCCAUUUUCGCGAGGUCCCUCGUCCGCGCUGGCAACUGCAAUGAAGAUGCAGCUGCGUACUCCACAUUCACCCCCCUCGUUGAGUUUAUGAAAUUGCUGCGCGAGUGGUUCGCUGAUGUUGCUCGUAGUGCGUAUUUCCGCCUAGAGAAGAAUGGGAAAGUGGAGAAGGUUCUCCACUCCCUGACUCUCCUCGUAGAAGACAGCCUCCCAUUCGAUAUCGUCCUGGGAAUGGAUUGGGGAGAGGCGGCCGGGGCCACACUCCAUUUAAAGGAGCACGAGUGUAGGCUCCCUAGCCCUUCAGACGAGGCUAAGACUGCCUGCCUGUUUCAUGUGUCAGGAGUAGAGAACCCCCUGGCACAUUGCUGCCUUAGUGCUCCUGCGUUCGCAAGAUUAGUGAAAAAGGAGCAACUGGAGGAACAAGUCUUUGUUGCCUAUGUUAGGCCAGAUACUGAGCCUACAGAAGAGAAGCCUAUAGACCCUGCGAUUGCCAAGCGGCUGGAGGAGUUCAAAGAUUUAACUGAGCCGCCGAUAGGAGUAGUGUCGCGACCUAUCCAGCAUCGCAUCGAAAUUGAGCCUGGCAGUAGAACUCCCAAAGGAGCUGUGUAUCGAAUGUCCCCGCGGGAGUUAGAGGAGCUUCGCAAACAGUUGGACGAGCUCCAUGAGAAGGGUUGGAUUAGGCCCAGAUCGUCUCCUUUUGGAGCACCUGUCCUCUUUUUCCCCAAGAAGGAGGGAGAGUUGAGGAUGCGUAUAGACUACAGGGGUCUGAACGUUAUAACAGUAAAGAAUGCUGAGCCACUGCCUAGGAUAGACGAUCUCCUAGAUCGAGUGCAGGGGGCGAAGUACUUCUCCAAGAUAGAUUUAAAGUCCAGAUACCAUCAGAUAGAGGUGCACCCUGAUGAUCAGUACAAGACAACUUUCCGGACUAGAUAUGGGCGCUACGACAAGACCCUCCAACACCACCAGGGUCAUCUCAAGCAGGUCUUGAAGAAGCUUAGAGAAGCUAACUUCAAGAUCAAUGCAAAGAAGUGCGAUUGGGCGAAGACCCAAGUCUUAUAUCUAGGCCACGUCUUAGACGGAGACGGCGUUAAACCAGAAGAUUGUAAAAUCGCAGCGAUUAGAGAUUGGCCUACGCCACGCACACUGACAGAGUUGCGAUCGUUUUUGGGCUUAGCUAACUACUAUAGGAAGUUCGUGAGGAACUUCUCCACUAUCGCUGCGCCCCUUCGCAGAUUGCUGAGGAAGGAAACCAUCUGGAAGUGGGAUAAGGACUGCACAUCUGCUAUGAAGAAGCUGAAGCAGGCACUAAUAGAAUAUCCAGUCCUUAAGGUAGCCGAUCCGUCCUUGCCCGUCACUACGGAUGCUAGCCUAUACGACAUAGGUGCGGUGUUGCAGCAAAACGAUGGCAAUGGUUAUAGACCCGUAGAGUUCAUGUCUGCUAGGAUGCCUUCAGAGAAGGUUGCGACAUCUACCUAUGAGAGGGAACUCUACACUCUCAGGCAAGAAUUAUAACACUGGAAGCAUUACUUGCUUGGGAGGCACUUCAAUGUCUAUUCUGACCACGAGACAUUGCGAUGGUUAAAGACGC